AUGGUGACACGCACGAAGAAGAUAUUUGUAGGGGGACUGUCGGCCCCCACGACCCUGGAAGACGUCAAGAAUUACUUCGAGCAGUUCGGCAGGGUUGAGGACGCCAUGCUGAUGUUCGACAAACAGACCAACAGACAUAGAGGUUUUGGCUUCGUCACGUUCGAGAGUGAGGAUGUGGUCGACAAGGUCUGUGAGAUUCACUUCCAUGAAAUCAACAAUAAAAUGGUGGAAUGCAAAAAAGCGCAGCCCAAGGAAGUGAUGCUUCCUACAACAGUGGGCCGUGGUAGGGCUACAGGCCGAGCUGGCUAUGAUCUAGUAUGGUCGCUGGGAGCACUCCCUGACGGUCUACAAGCUGCAGCGUAUGCGGCAUACGCAGGUCGCGGUUUCUCAAGUUACCCUAGCUUCGGUUUCCAUUACCCUGCAGGCCUAUCGAGUGGGACCAGCGCAAAUCUGAACCCGUCGGUGGUGUCUUGUCCCGAUGGGGACUCGAUGAAACCCCUUGCUGCGUCCCAGGGGCUGCAUCCAACCCCUCAACCCUUGCGUGCCGUACAUUUUGUCGCGCAUGCCGGCACAUUCCCGGCAGGCUGCGGUUACUUCCCAUCCGCGGCUCCCGGCACUCCAGCCAUAGCCGGAGUCUCGCCACAAACGCCAACUCACGCCGAUGGCUUUAAAGCCACGGCGUAUUACGACACCGGCGCCGUGGCUACGCCAACCCUAACGCCGACUGCGCCAAUAACGCCAACACUCACAGCUGACCGUCUAGGCAGCUACUACGACGCGUCGCUGAGCGACCAGCGCGCCGCAGCUGCUGCAGCUGCAUCUGUACAGGUGUCGAGUGCAGCUGCUGCCGCCGCCGCUGCAGCUGCAGCAGGUGUUCCUGCAGGUGCAGGCGUGCAGCACAGCCGCGCCGACCACAUGAACUCUGCAGCUAUGAUGCGUACGUCAGACGCGAUGAUGGGGCCACAGUCUGACCUCCAGCCCAGCUACUACCAAGACUUUAUUGACGUAAUGAGCAGCUUCCCUCAAGGCUACGGCCCCCCCACAUCCCCCGCCACCAGCAGGGGGUUCGCCACGACGGGGUCCCCCGGGCCCAUGGACGUGUUCAGCCCCCAGGCAGACUCAGGCGUCGGCUACGUGCAGUCAGCGUCACCUCAGCCUACCUCAUUUCAAAUGGCAGUUAAUAGGGGAACGCUUAUAGCGGCCUAUGCAAACGGCUAUCACUGAAAUAAUUAGCAGCUACAGCAUUGACGUACGGGUGGAGGAGCGCAUGCUGAAAUGUCAUAUUUUCAUCCCAUUGAAAUGGCGAGUUUUGGAUCGGUCCAAAAUGGACUCGCAAUCAGUGACUCCUGGCAAGAAAUUUCAAAGCGUUUGGAGCAGAUCAGUGGCGGUAACAAAUUUGUUGACGCAUGAUGAAAAUUAUUGAAAAUCAACUCAUUUUUGUCGGGUUAUUCACGGCCAACCAAAGCACAUCCAAUACCCCCACCACUAGAAGAGUAGCUAUUUAAAAUGAGGGUGGAUUUUUGUACUGAUAUUCUGCGGGACUAAGCUGACGAGUCCAUUUCUUGAGGUGCAAUUGAGUGUACCAAUUAAAAAAGCAGCCUCACCCAUAAGUUUUUUUAAAAUAAGGGUAUUGGGAGUCUAAAUAAUACGUCUUGCCACAACAUUGUGACUCUUCCUACAACUCAAUAGGACUUCUUUAAGCAAUACAAUGCGUACUUUUGUGCAUUGCAAUCCUCAUUCUUCAUGAAUAUGAAACAAAUGUGCAAUGUCUUCGCUCCAGAGGUGAUGGUUCCAUAAGCUUAGAAAAUCUUAACUGUACAUACUACUAGUCUGAGUUCUAAAAGUUCACGGUAGGUAAAUGGCGUUUGCUAUAAGUUUGUAAUAGAUUUUUUAUGAGCAAAUUCAAAUAGGUUCCUUAGAUUUUCUACCUAUUAAAAAUGGAGGAUUUGUUUGUUAUAUAUCUGUUCAAUACUUGCUAGACCAGCGCGAUGUGGAAGUAGCGUCCACAUCAACAAUUAUUGUUGUGACAAUGUCCCCUUCCAAUUUUACAAAACAAUAGCGUGAACUAGCUUCAUUCUUAUAUAUUCAUUACAAUAUAAAUUAAGUUUGUUUGCUAGGUAUGGUACAUGUGAGCAGAGUAUUUUUGAAAAAAAUUCUCCAUCAUAUGAGGUUCUUGGUGAAACUUCACCGCAAAACUAGCUAAUAAGUUGGUUUCUAUUGUCAAAUUUCCAUUUUUCCAGUUGUAUCAUGGUAAACUUUAUUUGUAAAAGUGUGAAAUGUUUUUUUACUGAUUUUUGCUUAUGCUUGUUUAUUAGUUUUUU